AUGGCCCUGAGAGGCGCCUCCGCGCUACUCCUGAACCGCGGUACCAGCUUCCGAGUCCUGCGCACGUGGAGCUCGGCUGCGGCGCAGACCGAGAAGGACCGGAAGACACAGAACCGAUCGGCCAAGUCCUCCCGGCCGGAGUUUGACUGGCGGGAUCCACUGGUUCUGGAGGAUCAACUGACAGCAGAUGAGAUCCUCAUCCGGGACACCUUCCGCACCUACUGCCAGGAGCGUCUCAUGCCCCGCAUCCUGCUGGCCAAUCGCAACGAAGUUUUUCAUCGGGAGAUCAUCUCGGAGAUGGGAGAACUGGGCGUUCUGGGCCCCACUAUCAAAGGGUAUGGCUGUGCGGGGACCUCUUCUGUCGCCUACGGGCUGCUGGCCCGAGAGCUGGAGCGGGUAGACAGCGGUUACAGGUCAGCGAUGAGUGUUCAGUCUUCACUGGUCAUGCACCCUAUCUACGCCUAUGGCAGUGAGGAGCAACGGUUGAAGUACUUGCCCCGGCUGGCCAAAGGGGAGCUCCUAGGCUGCUUUGGGCUUACAGAGCCCAACCAUGGGAGUGAUCCUGGCAGCAUGGAGACAAAAGCCCAUUACAGCCCGUCCAGCAAGAGCUACACUCUGAAUGGGACCAAGACCUGGAUCACUAACUCACCUGUGGCCGACCUCUUUGUGGUAUGGGCUCGGUGUGAAGAUAGCUGUAUUCGGGGCUUCCUGCUGGAGAGAGGGAUGCGGGGCCUCUCGGCUCCCAAGAUUGAGGGCAAGUUCUCUCUGCGGGCCUCAGCCACCGGCAUGAUCAUCAUGGAUGACGUGGAGGUGCCAGAGGAGAAUGUGCUGCCUAAUGCAUCCGGUUUGACGGGUCCUUUUGGCUGUCUAAACAAUGCCAGGUAUGGCAUCACAUGGGGCGUGCUUGGAGCUGCUGAGUUCUGUUUGCACACGGCCCGGCAGUACACCUUGGACAGGAUCCAGUUUGGUGUCCCAUUAGCCAGGAACCAGCUGAUCCAGAAAAAGCUGGCGGAUAUGCUUACCGAAAUCACGCUUGGUCUUCACACCUGCCUACAGCUCGGCCGCUUGAAGGAUCGAGACAAGGCCACCCCGGAAAUGGUCUCUCUGCUGAAGAGGAAUAACUGUGGGAAGGCCCUAGACAUUGCCCGCCAGGCCCGAGACAUGCUGGGGGGAAAUGGGAUUUCGGACGAGUACCACGUGAUCCGACACACCAUGAACCUGGAGGCGGUGAACACCUACGAAGGUACACAUGAUAUCCACGCGCUGAUCCUGGGAAGAGCAAUCACAGGAAUUCAGGCAUUCACAGCUGGCAAAUGA